UAUACUAGUGGAGUGUUCCCUCCCAAAGCACCUUCGAAACUUCAUUUCUGAAAACAACAACCCCAAUAUUGCUCGAUAUGAAUUCAGUAGUGGCGAGAUUUGGGAGGAAGAGAGCGUGGUCAUCGCUGAGCAAUGGUUGGGGCUACGCCAAUAUAUUACGAGAUGAGGCCGACUGGAUUUAUUCCGGAGAAUGGUGGGGCUCGCAGGAUGGAGGCUUCGGCAAUGAUGAGGGGCAGACUGUAUUUCGCAAGCAUUCCCUCAAAGGCAACGGUCUUGUCUCUGUUACUGCUCAUCCUGCUUCUUUUCCAACAACAGAACAGUGGCCUGUCCUGGAAGCAAAACUUCAGAAGAAGUAUGAAAGGUUGCCUGGGGUUCGUGAAACCAAUGACCGGGUAAGGAUCUUAGACUACCAAUGGCGGGUCCUUCGAUUUAACAAUAAGACUCGUGAAAGUGUUGCAAAAGUAGUGUUUAUUCACACCGACUCCCAACCAAAUCGUGUGUUUUUAAUGCAACAGCCGCACUGUUUGGCUUUUCCAUAUGUGAAAAGUAUGAUAUCAACUGGUUUGACAACUUUGGCUUCAACAAGUUUUGAUUUGAGGCAUGCUAUCUCUGGAUCACAAAAGAUGCGCAUUUUGUGUAUUGGCAGCGGUGGGGGCACAAUACCACUUUUCCUGGCAAGUAAAAUAAAAGGUGCUUUCAUAGAUGUCAUUGAAAUUGACGAAGCUGUUAUUUCAGCAUCAAUAGACUCUAUGGGUUUUCCAGCUGUUCUAAAGACAGAUGCAAAAUAUCAAAGGGUGUAUUCAGAACAUAACUCUUGUGGUUUCCAUGUUAAAGAGUCACCACAUAAUGUGGAUGAAGUUCUUUGGGACAAUAUUCAAGAAAGAUUAUUCCUAUAUGAAGCAGAUGGUCAAGAGUUUUUAUGCAAUUCCAUCAACAAUAGCCCUGAUAAAGAAGGUUCAGAUUUGUAUGAUAUGGUAUUCAUUGAUGCUUAUGAUGGAGAUGACAUUUUCCCAUACAAGUUUAGGGACAGGAAUGGACCUUUCCUGACUGCCCUGCAGUCUAAACUACAUCCAAGACAUGGAACAGUGAUAGUUAAUCUACAUAUGGAUUCAUCACACGCUAGUGAUUCUUUAUUACAGGAAAGCUCGACUGGGAUAUGUGAUCCAGUGUCUAGCCAUUGCAUGCCUCUUGGGAGACAAAAUAUAGAGGUUUGCAGAUGUUACAGGGAUGCACUGAGAGGUAUACGCUCAUUGGAGGUUGAGCAAGCUGAGUUUACAUUGGCAUUUACUGUAACAGUUCCUUUUCUGCAAAACCUUACUUUUGUUGUUACUAGAGGGUUUCCCCCACUAGGAAGCAAAGGAAGCAAAAGGGAGGUAUUAGAAAAAUUUGAAUCAAGUGACUGGUUGGAUAAGAAACUAGUUCUAGAAAAACUUAUAUCGGAAUCUCAAACAGUUGAGGAACUCUUCAGUUUGCCUUUCAAUUGCUUUCAAUUUGUAAGAAGAGGUUUAUUCAUUGUCAGAUAAUAAACCGAAAUUUAAAUAUUUUUUGUGAA